CCUUUUUCUCAUGGUAAUAUCAUGGCAAAUUCCCAAACUGGAUGGACCCAGCUCGGGUAACACCCAGCUGGGCCGAGCCGGCCCUGGCCGGCCUGGGGGGGCCUCGGUGCCAGCUGGAGGGGCUGGGUACUGCGCCCUGCCGGGAGCAGGGUUCUGCUCCGCUCGCCCUUCGCGCGGACUGUGGCCUCGGCAGGCUCGCUGACCGGCAGGGUAGGGCCAGGGCUGGGCUUCUCUGGGCCAGAGAUCAAGGUCCCUGGCUGGGAUAGGCCCCCAAGCAUUCCAGUCUUCCUGACCCGGCUUCUGAAGAGGGCGCAGUAGAGCCUCCGGAGAGAACGUGCCACCACGCCACCUCGGCCGGGGGUGGGACCUAUGGUGUCCCCGCCCUGGGGCGGAGUUAUCUGGACCUAAGACCCGCCCUUAAAGCUGACGCCCAAGGAAACAAUAGUUCGGGGCGGAAGUUAAGAAGCCCCGAUAGCCAGGCGGCGGAAGUGGCCGUGUGACUGCUUGUCCGUGCGCAUGCGUCAUUCUAAUUCUUUGCUGCCGCUCUUCAAGCGCUGCUUUUCGUCUUUCCCCUCUUUUUCUCCACGCGACGGGGGUGCGCGUACCCCUAGCCGUGGUCGCGCGCUCAGCGCCUUUUCUACUCUCGUGGACUCCUCACCAUGGCGGGCAUCCUGUUUGAGGAUAUUUUUGAUGUGAAAGACAUUGAUCCAGAGGGCAAGAAGUUUGACCGAGUGUCUCGACUGCACUGUGAGAGCGAAUCUUUCAAGAUGGACCUCAUCUUAGAUGUAAACAUUCAGAUUUACCCUGUAGACCUGGGUGACAAGUUCCGGUUGGUCAUAGCCAGUACCUUGUAUGAAGAUGGUACUCUGGAUGAUGGUGAAUAUAACCCCACAGAUGAUAGGCCUUCCAGGGCUGACCAAUUUGAGUACGUAAUGUAUGGGAAAGUGUAUAGGAUUGAGGGAGAUGAAACUUCUACCGAAGCAGCAACACGCCUCUCUGCCUACGUGUCCUAUGGGGGCCUGCUCAUGAGGCUGCAGGGUGAUGCCAACAACCUGCAUGGAUUUGAAGUGGAUUCCAGAGUUUAUCUGCUGAUGAAGAAACUGGCAUUUUGAACCACCCGGAAGCCAACCUUGCUGCUCAGUCACUCAGGUCAUGGAUAUUCGUUCAAGCCCAAGGAGCAGUCGCUCUUGUUUACCUGUUUUCUGUCCACUGUGGCUGCAUCUUUAGGAGGUCUGGACUCAACGGGAAACCGACUUGCUUGUGAAAGACUCAAUGGGAGAGCUUAAAAGGAAUCAGAAGUUGUUUCAUGUGGAUGCUUUUUAAAAUUAAACUUUACUUUCUCAGA